CCGGUCUUGCACGUAGAGCAGAGGAAGCUACACGAGCCUUGUCAAGAACCUGCACAACACAGUAAGAGAUGAAGAGCAUGACGGGCAUGAGACGUAGGAGUAGUGGACAGAAGAAGCCGCAGGUGCUGUGUCAGGUCGAAUGUCGCUGUCGAAGUUGUCCUCCUCCUCGCUCAUGUCGUAGAUCGACGACCCUGACCGAUCUCAGUGAGAUUUGAGCAAACAUGUCACAAGAGCUGCCGGCAGAAGAUGAGGAGGAGGUUCCGGCCCAUGGCGACCCGCCGAUGGCGUUAAAGUCGAAGUCUCUAUCCGGAGCUGUUUCACCGAGCCCUGCACACCCUGCGAGUCAUCGACGAGGAGAGGUCACGUCUCAACCUGUCGCUCUGCGAUCAAGCAGCUUUCGGCUCGAGUUGUCUUCAAGCUCGACAGGAAAGCUUGAGGUUCCUUGCCUGCUCCAUGCUCAACAUACCACGUGACCGUGAAGCGGGAAGCAAGUGACCGUUUUUCUGUCGUUGCUGUUGCUUGCCGCGAUUGCAGCAUCGCUCC